UUUGUCGGUUCUACAAUUCCUGUCUAUGGAAUCCUCGUCCUGUUUCUCAGUUGUGUGUAUGCUUCAUUCAAUAGUUGCUUUAACAUGUGGAUCUAUGAUGAUAUUCUAUACAAAUGAGGUUUAUAUAUUCAGCCAUGGCAGAGAGAUAGCCAACAAGCUUUCAGGAUCAACUGCUCAUGAUCAGCUUCUGAUUGAAACCUCGGACUCAUUCUCUGGCUUGCUUCUGUUUUCUGUUGGGAUUCUCCUAUUCAUGGUGGCAUUUGUUAAGGAAAGGGAAUUUCAAAGCUUCUUUGCAAAAGGGUGUGUGGUUCUUCACAUAUCCAUGGCUAUUUGGAGAACUAGUUUUGAGAGGAAAUUGGAUGAUUUUGGGAAUAAUUGGAUUAAACAAGUUUUGGGUGAUAUUACUUUGGGACUUUCUUGGGUUUUUCUCCUUCUUUAUUGGUGGAGAGAAAAAUAUGAUUGAUGAUCAAUUGUUUCUUCAUCAAUCUAAUGUGAUAAGAUCUAUGUUUCAUCUUAUGUGUAUCAAGUAUCAAUUCAAUGUUUGUUUGUAAA